AUGGCGGCAGGCAAAAGGGUGGUCUUAGUCACAGGAUGUGCCAAAGGCGGCAUUGGUUACGAAUACUGCAAGGCGUUUGCCGACCACGAUUGUCACGUUUUCGCGUCCGACAUUUCCCAAAGAACAAGCGAUUUGUCGGAUUUACGGUCGGAUAAUAUUGAAACGUUGGAGUUAGAUGUGACGUCGGAUGAGAGCGUGGGGUGUGCGGUUGAUACAAUAAUGUCGAAAUUUGGUCAAAUUGACGUGGUGGUUAACAACGCCGGCGUGGGAAUCACCGGGCCGUUAGCGGAGAUUCCGAUCGACCAGUUCCUGAAGGCCUACGAGAUCAACACGGUGGGGGCGUUACGCGUGGCCCAGCACGUGGUCCCGCACAUGGCGGCGCGGCGGCGCGGGAAGAUCGUGAACAUCGGGAGUGUGGUCGGGAAAGUGGCGACGCCGUGGGCGGGGGCGUAUUGCGCCAGCAAGGCCGCGGUUCACGCGAUGACUGACACGUUGCGGCUCGAGUUACGCCCCUUCGACAUCGACGUAAUCCUAGUGAUCCCCGGCUCGGUCCGGUCGAAUUUCGGGGCCAACGCUUCGGAGAAACUAAGGAACAUGGAGUGGAAAAUGUACAAGGAAUUCACGGAGUCGAUAGCGGAACGGGCAACGGCGUCCCAGGGCGGCAAAGCCACAGAAGCGAGGUUUUUAGCGAGGCACGUAGCGGGACAGGUUUUGAGUGGGAAGGUGCCGAAACGGGUGGAGUUUGGUCACAUGUCGGGGCUGUUUAGGUUGUUGUCGUGGUGUCCGGUUUGGGGCAGGGAUGCGUUUAUGUCCAGUAGGUUUAAGUUGAAGAGGAAGGUGUUUAUAUGAUCUUAAUUGGAAUUGGAUCAUACAAAAAAGUACUAUAAGCGUG